AUGCACGGCAUCCUGCAGCUUGCGCUCACCGCGCUCUCGGCCACCGUCGCCCUGGCCGCACCUGCCUCCUCCAAUGGCCUCAACAAGCGCAGCUUCCAAGCUCAGACCAACGGCCGCGGCCUCGCCAAGAACCCUCUCGAUGAGAUCAAGCUCACUCACCGCAAGUACGGCUGGGAUAUCAUCAUCAUCAACCCAGAGGCCGAGUCCAGCAGCACCGUGACGCUCGAGCCGCCGUCACCUUUCACCUCCAGCUCGUAUGGUGCCCAGGGCACGGCUGCCUCCAGCAGCGCAUCACCAACCCAGUCCCCGUCUUCUGCUGUUGGAUACGGCAACGCCACCAAAGUAGCGGGCGCUGCUGCACCCACCGGCACAGGUUCAGAGGAUGGUUCCGUCGAUGCCAACCCAGAGGAGAACGAGCAGGAGUAUCUCUCGCCCGUCACUGUUGGCGGUCAGAAGCUGAAUCUCAACUUCGACACCGGCUCAGCUGAUCUGUGGGUCUUCAGCAACGAGCUCUCAGAGCAACAGAUCGGCCAGCACACCGUCUACGACGAAUCCAAGAGCAGCAGCUGGCAGUUGCUUGAGGGUGCCACGUGGAAUAUCACAUACGGCGAUGGCAGCGGCGCGAGCGGCAUCGUCGGCUACGACACUGUCGACGUUGGCGGUUCCACAGUUGACAAGCAAGCCAUCGAGCUCGCCACCAAGAUCUCGGCCCAGUUCGAGAGCGACAAGAACAUGGACGGUCUCCUUGGUUUAGCUUUCACGGCAAUCAAUACCGUCGAGCCCACACGCCAGAAGACUUUCUUCGAGAACCUCAUCCCCGACCUUUCCGAGCCCCUCUUCACCGCUGACCUCGAGGAAAUCGGCGGCAAGGGCACCUACGAGUUCGGCAAAAUCGACGACACCAAGCACAGCGGCGAGAUCCACUACGUCGACGUCGACGCCUCAUACGGCUUCUGGGAAUUCAAAGUCCCCGGCUUCGAGAUCGGCGGCCAGAAGGUCCCCUGCACCACCUGCAGCACCGCCAUCGCCGACACGGGUACCUCGCUCGUCUACCUCGACCAGGACAUCGUCGACCAGUAUUUCAGCAACGUCAAGUCCGCGCAGUUCUCCUCUUCGUACGGCACGGUCAUCUACGACUGCAGCGAGACGCUGCCCGACCUCGGCAUCCAGAUCGGCGACUACACGGCCACCAUCAAAGGCAAGGAGAUGGAAUACGCGGAAGUUGAGAGCGGCACCUGCAUGGCGGGUCUGCAGUCCGGCCCAGGUAAUCUGCAGAUCCUCGGCGACGUGUUGUUGAAGCAGUUCUUCGCUGUGUUCGACGGGAAGGAGGGUGCGCCGCGGUUCGGCAUCGCGGAGAAGGGUGGCUAUUGA